ACGGAGACCCCUGGGCGCGCCUACCGUGGCGCCCUCCUCGUCCACGCCGUCGCUAGUCCCGCUGCCCUCGCCGGCCACCUCCAAGGCGCGGCACAAGAAGUUCCACCGCCACUUCGACAGCGUCUCGCCCGACGAGCGGGUGCUCAACUAUUACUCCUGCGCCCUCAUCAGCGACAUCCUGCUGCAGGGCCACCUCUACAUUACUAGCAACUACUUCGCCUUCUACUCCAAUGUAUUCGGCUACGUCACCAAGGUGCUCAUCCCCACCGCCUCCGUGCUCAAGGUGUCCAAGGAGAAGACGGCGCGCAUCAUCCCCAACGCCGUCGGCGUCGCCACGUCCGACGAGAAGCACGUGUUCGGGUCGCUGCUCUCGCGCGACAACACGUACAAGCUCAUGGUGCAGGUGUGGAAGACGGCGCUCGGCCCGCCCGCGCACUCGCCGCAGCCCCUGCGCGCGGUCUGCGCCCCCUGCCGACCUCGCGCCAAGGACCUGAAGGACGAGGUGGACUCGGCGAGCGCCAGCGGGGACGUGCUCCAGGAGGACGACGACUCCAGCCUGUCCGGAGACGCAGCCCUUCCUCCAGUCCCCCUUGACAAGAUUCCCGUUGUCGCAGCGACCAAGGCGAGCGCGGUGGCCGCCAGCACCAGCUCGGCGCUGGCCAUCGCGAGCAGCGCGCACCCCGCCGGAGUGGGCCUAAGCGCCGGGCCGAGCCUGGUCUCGCAGGCGGACUUGAACCGCUCGAGCCGCCAGACCAUCAUCCUGGGCGUGUCCACGGCCCUCGUCGCCUUCCUGCUGAUGUCCACAGCCUUCCUGUUCCACCGCAUGUCCCGCAUCCAGGAUCAGUUCAGGAUACAAACAGGGGAUAAUUUGUAUCAAGACUUAGCCCGCUGGCAAAACCAUCUCCAUGCGAGAUCUGCCGGUCAAGUUGAAGAAUUCCUUAGCACACAUUUAGACCAAUUAGCAAAGGUUCGGAAAUCUCUAGAGGCCUUAACUUUGCUUAUAGUCAGUAACGAAGAUGAUCGAACACAGCAAGCAGAUGUAGUGGUUCACCAUCAUUCACCUUACCGAGAUGAGAAGCAGCAAACUAGACCACCGUCCUUAGCCCAAGAGGAAGUCAAGAACAGCUAGAAAGCCAGCCGUUCCUCUGAUAGGAAUUAUGUUUAUGUGAUAGAGAUUCUCUCAAAAAGUUUCUCCAAUUUAGUCUUACAUUUAACGGACAUUAUUUUGCAACCUGAAUGAUGGCACUAUAAGCUUUCAGUCAUUCAUGCACUUGCACUUUCAUGAUGUUGUUUGUGAUAAGCGAUUCAAAUCGCUGAUCAGAAUGGGACACUCCCCAUGUUGUGCUGAUUAAUGUGAAGUAAAGGCUGUGUUCAGAAAUGAUAAAUCAUUGUACAAAAAUAUAAUGUCCUAAUGACAUUAAAAUUAAAAUUUGAACAAGCAUUUGGUGGAAUAAUAUUUGCACUGAUUGAAUUUCCCAGUAUCCAGCAAAUGGUAGUAUGAUGUACAAGGGGCAAAACUAUUUGUGUGACCUUGUAUCGCUCAUGUUAUAUAUGAAAUAUUGUUUUAAAUGAUUUGUUGUUCUAGAAUUUUAAUUGUUGAUUAUUUAUUAACUCUAAAUUAUGUAAUUAGAUGAUGUGUCAAGAGUCUUUCUUACAUCCACCAAAAACACAUUUGUUGAACCUAUUAGCGUUGAGAGUGCUCAAGCAUGGUUUGUAUUUCAGCAUUUUGAACAGGUUGUUGAAAGAGAAAGUGCCAUUCGUAGUGACUGAUAAGUACUGCAUAUAAUAGCAUAUGAACUAUAAUAUUUCUUAUUAUUAGAUGUUGAAGGCCCUGUGUUUAUCCAUGCUCAAUGACGUGGUGGAUUCAUUUAAACUGUAUUUCAGCAACAAAGCAUUUAUAAAAGUGGUCAUAUUUACUGCUUCAAUUGUCACAUACAAGUGUAUCUUAAAAUUUUGUAUGCAGUUAAAUAAUUAACCCAUAGUAUGCAUAUUCCUAGUCAAUGUUUUUGUUUUCUCCUGCUAGGAAAAUUUUAAACUAAAGAAUGAAAACUUUUUUUAAAAAGAAUAAACAAUUGACAGCUAUGAGGCAGUUACAUAAUUGGUAUGUGCUUGAGUACUUAGUCCGUGCCAUGUAAUAAUCAGAAUUUGCAUGAUAUUUCCUUUGUUAUCAAAGGAUGGAUGUCGUACCACAUAACGUAAAUCAAUCAGUGUAUUGCAAAAGUAAAAUAACACCCUACAUAGAGCAUUUGAAAAAUUCAGGAAACUUCAGCCCUACUUAUGUACAGUAGUUAGCUAAAGUAAGUUUGCUGGGGAAAUAUUGCCAGCAAUUGGCAAAAAGAAAGAAAUAAUUUAUUUCUGCCCAUGCAUGAACUGACUGCUCACAGACCAACCUUCUCAAUGUGCCACUAAAAGGGGUGGGAACCGAUCCAGCAGAGUCAGGGAUCAACUGACUCAGCAGUUUGUGAUAAGGGCGAUAAGGAGUCAUCAAAGGUAUUUUAGAAGUUAUGCUAUGUUCAUGAGGCAUUCUUGCCUAUCUUUUUUAGUAAUAAAGCUAGCCCUUAAAUUUUUCUGUAGCAUUUGCCUCAGAGCAGCAACUUCUGUGUAUGUGAUAUAGAUGUUAUUAAAAUGAUUGUUGUUUCUCCCUCUAUUUUAAGAUUAUUCUCAUUGCCUCGAAUCAGUGUUUUAUCAUUCUUAUACAUACUGUAAUUGUAUUUGUUAAUGGUUGGUCUACAAUGUUAUGAAUGUUCACUUUCACACAUCUGUGAUCAUUCACAUUGUAGAUUUUUAUGUUCUUUAUGUUAUUAGUAUUUUUCUACAAUAAAUCUAGUUGUUGGUUUUCUACAAAGGUGAUCACAAAAAUAUAGAUGUAGCCAUGUUACUUGCUCAUUUUUAGCUGUUUGUCUAGUCUGUUUGGCAAAAUUGCUUAAGUUUCCAAGGCAGUACGAUCAAUGAGAUCCAGUGUUAAGCAAUUUCGCAGGUUGCGUUCAAUAAAUAGCAUAUCACAAUUA